GAUGAAGAAGCCAUCCCUCUCUCUCCUCAUCUUUCUUUCAAUCCUCACCCUCUCCACAUCACAGCCCACAAACACCAGCAAUCUCCAAGAAGCCAUUAGAGACAUGAAAGCAAGAUCCUACUACACCUUUGUGGUCUUGCUCCAAAUGAUGGUGAGUAAACAUGCUAAUCACAGACUCAGCCAUGAUAUCACCUUCCUCAUGCCCAGUGAUAAAGACCUAGCAAACUAUAACUUCUUACCAGGCCAGCUCAAAGAACUCAUGCUAACCCAUUCCAUACCGAAUUCCAUGCUUUUCAAGCACAUGCUCCACUUUCCUACUGGGACCCUACUCCCAUCUGCCCGCCAUAGCCGCUUUCUCAACGUCUCAAACCAUGGCUCUUAUAGUUUUUAUCUCAACAAUGCACGCAUUGUCGCCCCUAAUGUUUGCGGAAGCACGAAUAUAAGGUGCCAUGGUCUAAGUACAAUUAUAGAAUAUGAAAGCAGUAGUCUUCCGGUGACUCCAGUUACUAUUCCGGCACCCCAAGCAACUACUCCAGCAAGCCCAGUGACAGUUCCAGCAAGGCCAUCACCAAUUCCGGCUAGUCCUUUGACAGCUCCACCACUUCCAGCCUCUCCUGAGGGAAUCCCAGCUUACUUUAUCCCUACACCACCAUCACCACCACCACCUCCUCCUCCAGUAACAGGAGGGUCACCUCCGUAUGAUGGAAUGGCGCUUCCUUAUGGUGAGAUGGAAGAAGAGGCUACCCCUUGAAAAUCAUGGUAGAAGCCCCGAAUUAGAUUCGGUGGGCGGUGCAAGUGAUGAAGGAGGUAGUUUGGGUUACCAUUUUCAGUGGGUUCUGUGGAUGCGUGGAGCUCUCUCUCUGUAUGAGGUUGUCUGAUUAGUUAAAUAUGUUGCUAAUUUUCAGUUUCACUCUGUCUUCUGUAGUGACUAAGAUUUUUGGUUGGGAAUUUCUCAACUUGCUAUUAAUGGUUAAGUUCAAGAUCUGCAUUU